CCCAACCGCGACUCACUUCCAAUAACGCUAGGGUGGCCGAGAGGGGAGAGCGGAGCACUUGGCGGCGGCGGCGGCGCCAUUUGAUAGAGCUACAAAGCUAUAAAGACCGAGAGACCUUGUCUUCAGUUUUGAGUUCAAUUCAGUUGGUUCUCAUGGACAAAACAAAUGAAAAUAUAUCAAAAGAAACGCUGCAUGAAUAUGAAGUCACAGAAGACCAAACUUUCGAAGGGUUAGGAUUGGAUGCACGCCUAAUUCGUGCCUUGCUCAAAAAGGGGGUUGAGAAACCAACUCCAAUUCAACAGGUGGCCAUUCCACUCAUAUUGGAAGGUAAGGAUGUAGUUGCUCGAGCAAAGACAGGUUCUGGCAAGACAUUUGCAUACCUUCUUCCAUUGCUUCAAAAAUUGUUUACUAAUACUGUUCAAAGAAAGAAAUUAUCACCCAAUGCAUUCAUUCUUGUUCCAACUCGAGAACUAUGUCAGCAGGUAUAUGCAGAGGUUUCAUCUCUCAUAGAAUUAUGCAGAGUUCAACUGAAAGCUGUGCAAUUGACUAGCAAUAUGAAGGCUUCUGAUCUGCGGACAGCAAUGACUGGACCUCCUGAUGUAUUGAUUUCCACACCUGCUUGUAUUGCUAAAUGCUUGUCCACUGGCGUACUUAAAUCAACAUCCUUUAAUGGUUCCCUUGAGACUCUAGUUCUUGAUGAGGCAGAUCUUCUAUUGUCAUACGGCUAUGAAAAUGAUAUAAAAGCUUUUUCAGCCCAUGUACCCAGAAGUUGCCAGUGUCUUCUUAUGUCCGCAACAUCAAGUGCUGAUGUUGACAAACUAAAGAAGUUGAUUCUGCACAACCCCUUUAUUUUGACUUUGCCUGAACUAGGAAACCAGAAGGAUGAGAUUAUUCCUAAAAAUGUUCAACAAUUUUGGAUCUCAUGCCCUGCCCAUGAUAAGUUGCUCUACAUCCUUGCCUUGUUGAAGUUGGGGUUGGUCCAAAAGAAAGUUCUAAUAUUUACCAAUAGCAUAGACAUGAGUUUCAGAUUGAAACUGUUCUUGGAGAAGUUUGGAAUCAAGUCUGCUGUUUUAAAUGCCGAGUUGCCACAGAAUUCCCGUCUCCAUAUUCUUGAGGAAUUCAAUGCUGGCCUCUUUGAUUAUCUUAUUGCAACCGAUGACAGCCACAUGAAGGAGAAGGAUGAAGCAACUAAAGAAAAUAAUGGUGAGAUGCGGACGUCCAAAAAACAUGUCAAGCAAAAAUUAGAUUCUGAGUUUGGAGUUGUGAGGGGAAUUGACUUUAAAAAUGUAUAUACGGUUAUAAACUUUGAAAUGCCUCAAAGUGUUGCAGGAUAUGUCCAUCGGAUAGGACGUACUGGAAGAGCAUACAAUUCUGGUUCUUCUAUAUCUUUGGUUUCUACUGAUGAGAUGGAAACUUUAGAUGAAAUAAAAUCUUUUGUUGGGGAUGAUGAAAACGAUGGUUCAAACACAAUUGCUGAAUUUCCAUUGCUCACCAAGAAUGCUGUGGAAUCUUUACGGUAUCGGGCUGAGGAUGUUGCAAAGAGUGUAACAAAAAUCGCGGUUCGUGAAUCACGAGCCCAGGAUUUGAGGAACGAAAUUCUGAACUCUGAAAAGUUAAAGGCUCACUUUGAAUCUAAUCCAAGGGACCUAGAUCUAUUGAAACAUGACAAAGUUUUGAGCAAAAAUGCCCCUCCUUCACACCUACGUGAUGUGCCAGAGUAUUUGGUAGACAAAUCAACCAAAGAGGCAAGUGAAAUGGUCAAGCUUGCAAGGGAUGCAAUGGGAAAUAAUAAUCGCUCACGGGGAUCCAAAAGGAAAAAGUUCAGAAAAGGUGGAGACCCUCUGAAAGCUAUAUCUGCUAAGGGGCCGAAAAAACCACACAGAGGGGAUGGGCAUAAGCGCAGGAAGAAGAAUGAAGUUUGAUCAAUAUGGUUUUCUUCUUCAACAAAGCCGGGUCAUCUGGGUCAAGACUGGGAGGAUCCACAAUUUUGUUCACUCCAAAUGAUUUACAUUAGUUGAAAUAGUCUUGUAAUCGCUAUUUUUGUAGGGAAUUAAGUUGUGCAUCGUGACUUUUUGCUCACAAACACACACAGAGAGAGAGAGAGAGAGAUGGGGAUGGCAGGUGAAGUUCACUCACCCCAUCUGUUGGGCACUACAAAGUGAUAGAGAAGAGGUGGUUAUGGAGAAUAUAUAUAGGCAAUUUUUCUAAUUAUGUUUCUCUUUUUUCUCUCCA